AGAAAAACCAGUCGUUUACAUAUCAAUUGAGUAUUAUUUAUUUAAGAUCGCCAUGGAUAUUGUGAAACAAAUAGCAACCCGGCAAGCAAAAACCCUGAACAGGUUAAGCAACUGGGGACUUUACUCAACUUUCGAUGGUUCUUACGAUCCAAGAACUACUUUCUCAGAGAGGUUGGACGAUGAACAACUUGAGUUCAUCAAGUGUGAAACCAUGACAACAAGGCUUGCCAUGUCAAGGGCUCGCCAGACCAACCGAGAUUAUGAAUCAACGUUAAUGGAAGUUCAGUUAGAGGUUGGGAUUGAGCUGACUAAAAUCUUGGCUGAAACUAUUGAUCCUGCUUUUUCUGGAACUAAUGCUGUGAAAAUUGAAGAAGAUGGACAAGUUUGUGGGAUUUGUCAAGAAGAUAUGGAGAAAGGAGAGGAAGCUAGAGCCAUGAUUUGCUGCAGCCAUAAGUUCCAUGGUUUUUGUAUUUUCGAGUGGGUUAAGAGGAAAACCAAUUGUCCUUUAUGUAGAUGUGAGAUGCUGACUAGGAAAUACUUUGAGUUUUAGAAUUUUUAGUUUUAAAAGAGGUUAUAUUGGAUUCUUUGAAAAUUUUUAUGCUUUUGUUGAAUGAAGGAAUUUAUUAAUAUUGUUGCUUUUUAACAAGUUUUAACAAUAGA